AUGCGUAAUACCGUGGAAAAUGGUGAGCAGCAUCAGGCCGGAAGUUUACAGCGUGGUACGCAUACGGAACGGACAACCAGUCAAAUGAGGCUGCGUGCUGCGUACAAGGUCGUUGUCGGUCAAAUUGUGAAAUUGCCACAUUGUGGUCAACUGUUUCGGACGGUGCCGGACAGCCGUGGAGAAAAAGGAAGGCCCGUAUCAACAACCACCGCAGGAAAAACAGCAAUGGAAGACAGCACCAGUGGGCCAAACCGUUUCACAAACUAUUUACACCCGAACCAGCAGCAAACCAUCACUCCGAACAUGAUUGUUCAGCAGCAUCGGCACUUUCAGCACCAGUGCCGGAUAUGUGGUGUGAACGAAGGGCUUCGCCGAUGCAGCCGCUGCCAGAUUGCGUACUACUGUUCGGUUGACCAUCAGCGAAUCGACUGGAAGGUGCACAAGACCGAAUGUCGCUCUAUACAUCAUCUGCCGCAGCCAACGGCAGUUUCUUUGCAACAGCAACAUCAGAAUCUACAACCCCUAAGUGGUGCAGCAGUAGUAUAUUCUGCUGCCGUAAGUGAUGGACCGCAACAGACUUCAAAUCAGCAGUUGGCGAAUGUUUUCAUGCCAUCGCAACCAUCGGACGACGGCAGUUUUUGUGUACGUGCAGAAAUGCUACUGCCGAAUUGCAGUACAACUACCAUCAGCGGUGGAUUGCUGCCACAGCCGUCAAAUGUAAACAUCGCUGCGCACCCUUCACUCACACAGCCAUCCGUUGAUCAGAAUGCGUCUGCUGCUAUCGCAUCCACCUCUACCCACCCGUCACAAACAACCAUCCUUGGACCUACUCUGGACGACGGUGGGGGAUUGUUAACUCAGGGUGUUGCAGAGACGACGUGCGCGCGAACGCAGCAACCGAUGAUAGCGUCCGAUGGUAGUGACAGUGGCGAUGAGUUUCUGAACGAGCUCGCAGUUUCAAAGUUGUUCCCGAUCGAUGCGCUAGCGUCUGCCGAAGAGCUCGCCGAUCUUGACCAGCUAGAUGUGGACCAUAUACUGAAUGAGAACAAUUUUCUCAACAACAUUAACAAUCUUAACGUGUUUGACGGUACCGAACAGCAUCUGCCACCGGAACAAUUGUUCGAGUCGGAUUUUGUGAUCGCGGACGUGCAGAAAACGGACAACAACAAUCGCAACUUUGGCAGUGAGUUUAGCCGGGACGUGGUUGCGUUUCAGAAGAACAAUAAUAACAAUUUUGUAAACGGCCCUGUUGUACUAAGUGACGGUUGUGAAAGUAAUUACGUGCAGGGCGGGCACGAUCUGGGCAAUACACCGCACGGUGGAAAAACGACGAAAAUGCAGGUGGCACAAUCGGGUAGCGUGAUGUUGCUACAGCAACCGCAACAGCAACAGCAGGCACAGCUUGAUCAGCGAAAAACCAAAGCUCAGCAACAGAAACAACAAUUGGCCGCACUGCUCCGGCAGGCCAAUAGUGCCGUUGAUGGACCCAUUCUGCCCAAAGUGGAUACAAGUGAUGCUACCCUGCUGCUGGGUGGUGCAAAGCAGGACACUCGUAAGGGAAGGACAUUACAAGUUUCGAAUCAUGGUGGUGUUACGAAUGGAAAACCCGCUUCCGGUUCGAGUGUUAUUGUUAGUGGUGGACCGCUGGGUGUUAUGAGUUCAGUUGGCGGUGAAGCUACCCAGGGUGCGUUCGAUUUGGAUAGUGAAAGUUUAGACGAAGCCUGUCGCAGUUUGAUACGAGAUAUGAAUGAGUACGGGGUGUGUGUGCUGGACAAUUUUCUUGGCCAGGAACGCGGUCUGCAAGUCCUGGACGAGGUGACGGGAAUGUAUUCAUCCGGAGUGUUUCGGGAUGGGCAGCUAGUGUCGAACCGCGGUGGAAACAAUUUACGCCAUAUACGAGGAGAUAAAAUCACCUGGAUCGGUGGAAAGGAACCAGGCUGCAGCAGCAUAGGAUAUCUUAUCAAUCGCGUUGACGCCGUCAUUACCAAUUGCAAACGGAUGAAGAACAAUGGCAAACUUGGGCGAUAUAAUAUCAAAGAACGAACGAAGGCUAUGGUCGCAUGCUAUCCUGGCUCCGGAUCCCAUUACGUGAAGCACGUGGACAAUCCCAACCGUGACGGACGCUGCAUUACCGCCAUCUACUAUCUUAAUCUCGAUUGGGACGUUCGGGAAAGCGGUGGUUUGCUCAGAAUAUUCCCGGAAGGAUGCAACGAUCGGGUCGCCGACAUUGAGCCGCUCUUUGAUCGUAUUCUGUUCUUCUGGUCCGACCGGCGAAACCCGCACGAAGUUCAACCAGCCCAUCGCACCCGGUAUGCCAUUACGCUCUGGUACCUGGAUGCGGAGGAACGUGAAUCGGCACGGUUACGCUACCAGCGAGACUGUGAGAGCCGGUUUAAGGCUUAA